AUGAAGUUUUCUUUAAAACUAGAUUUUUUAGUUUUAAUUAUUUUACUAACAAUUUUUAUAAAAUUAAAUAAUGAUUAUAAUAAUAAACCACAAGAAUAUCAAUGUUUAAACGAAAAUAUUGAUAAUAAAUCCAUUAAGAAUGGAUUCGGUAGAGAGAAUUCACAAUUUGAUUUCUCAACUACAGAUAGAACUCCGAAAUUCCAACAACAUAUUAGCAGAUCUGCCAGUACAUCAGUCUCUAGAUAUUGUUCUACCAACUCUUCAACCACAAUGACACCAACACUCAAUGCAACUUUCUUUUUAAUGAUUUCAUUCUCAAUGUGUCUACUCUACUUAGUUUUACCAACAAAUAUCUUAAACAAUUCAAAUUUAAAAAACAAUCAAAUAUAA